CUUGUUAUCAGCUCAUUUUUUUCUCCUCCCCCACAAAAGUAAAAUUUUUAUAAGACCAUGGUGAUGUUACUUAUUGUUCAAUGCACAGAGCCACCAAGAAUUUAUGUCUGCCGAAUCUAAGUGAUUAAGAAAAUGCAUCGGAUGUUGGAAAUGAAAAAUUUCUAAAUAAUACAGCAUUUUUUUAUCUGCAAUUUUUCUUGCUUCUUUAUACUUUCCGAAUAUUUUACAGAUGCUCUACAAUGAGUAUGUAGCACUCUCAGGGGAUAAAGAGAGAAGAGAACACAGCAGCCGAGAAGGUGCCAUUGGGUGGUAGAACUGACUUUUUAGGGUGUCAGAUCCAUGCAUUCUCUCCUCUGCCCCACAGGCCCCACGAGGAACUGCUGAGGACGAAGAGCAUGGAUGUUAAUACCCCUGUUGUGGAUUAUCCUGAUGUCCAGGAGUCAGUGGGUCCCCUGGUUGCACCCACCCCUCUCCGUCCAUGGCCUCAGAUGACACUUCAGGUUUCUGAAGUUACAGUGGCUGGCAACUCCCCAGAGGAAGGUGGCAUCCCCAGAAGCAGUCCACCUGUGGCUUUCACAGAGGUCCCCCAGGCACCUGCCAUCAGGAUUCUUCCUUCCUCCUCUCUCUGUGGCCUAGGGGGCUCCCCCAGGGACCAGGCCUCAGGCCCUGAUUCAAGUGAGGGGGCAGCCGGGUCUUUCCUAGAACCCAGCCCGCAGCAUGUGGAGGCCACGUGGGAAGUAUCCAGUGAGAAUGGAGGGAGCCGGAAGGACCCCAUGGUGGGAGCUAUCAUGGAUGAGCCUCCUGGGGGUCUGGAGGUCAUGAGUGGGUUAGAGGAACUGCUUGGUGAAGACUCCAUUGACCAGGAGCUGGAGCAGCUCUACCUGUCCCACCUGAGCCGCCUUCGGGCUGCUGUGGCUGCAGGUGGGGUAGGGGGUGGUGGGGAGGGCCCCAUAGAUGGGGGAGCGUCCCCCAGCCAGUCCUUGGGUAUACUUACGGACCGAGAUCUGAUCUUGAAGUGGCCUGGCCCUGAGCGGGCCCUGAACAGUGCCCUGGCCGAGGAGAUCACACUGCACUAUGCCCGGCUGGGCCGUGGUGUGGAACUCAUCAAGGACACCGAAGACCCUGAUGAAGAGGGGGAGGGUGAAGAAGGUUUCUCUGUUACACCCUCCAGCCCAGAAGAGGAUGCCACCAAGGAGUCGCUUCCGGAAAUCAACUUUGGGACUCAUUCUGUGAUAGCUAGUAUGGGAGAUGUGUGGCUCCCAUGGGCAGAGGGUUCAGGAUGUGACAACCUUGUGGUUCUGGGUACAGAGGGCCAGUUUCCUGGGGUUCCAGGCAGGGGAGUGGGCAAGGACACUGACUCUUUGCACAUGAAUAGGGUGGUAGCUGGGGUGGCCAGCUUCCCAGGGGAGUCUGUGACGGGAACCUUGAUGGAGUUCACCACUGGAUGGAUAGAUGGCUUGGCUCCUGUAUCUGGUCAGGAGCCAACUGCUCCAACCCCUAGGCAGGGCCAAGAACCCAGCCUCCUUAAUCCCAUAGGAGCUGAAGUCUGCCCUUCUAGCCUGUCCAGGCCCCGUAUGUGUUCCCAGGAUGAAGAAAGUUCAGGCCCAAGUCUCCAGCCCCUGCAAAACUCUCAUGUCGUAGCACCCCCUGCAGAAUGUGUAUGUGGAUUGCCUCCCCAGCUACGGGGGCCCUUGGCCCAGACUCUGGGGGUCCUGGCUGGGCUGGUGGUGGUCCCUGUGGCUUUGAACAGUGGUUUGUCCAUCCUGGUGCUUGUGCUGUGCCUCUCGUUGGCCUGGUUCUCAUAGAGGCUGCCUGUGGAAUUGGAAACAACAGGCUUCCCCCCUCACUGGGGCCUGGGAAAAGGACAGCACCUGCACGUCCCCAGAGAGUUGAGGUGGUAUAUUGGGCCUGUGCAGUGGUGGGGGGCAGGGGGUAGGGGAGGCUUUGCUUCCAAGAGAAGCUUUCCCCUACCUGAAUUUCCUAGUCAGCCCAGGGCUCCCUGUGGUGAUAGCCGUGGAGAGGAAUAGGGGGACAGGUAGAUGGUAUGAAUGAGAAAAACUUUCAGAAUGAAACUGGGCAUGCCCCCCCUCCCCCAAGCCUGUAUUUAUUUUUGUAUAAUUCUCUGGAUGAGGGAGAGUCGUCAUGAGCUGGUCUUGGGGCACAAUUACCCAGAGAUAUAUUUAUUAACAGCCACCAUGUGCAACCUGCUGGAGCUUUAUUUUUAAUUUAAUUUAUAUAGAGUACCUAUUAUUAUAUGCCACAAUAGAGCUCUAUGAGAAAUGA